CUGACAUCACCGAAACACACCAGGUGACCGCUGACGUCAUCGAGACACCAUCAGGUGACCGGAAACGUGACGGAGGCUCUGUCGGUGGUGUAUUGUGAGAUUUCAAAGUCCAGUUAUGCUGCGAUCAGGAUUUAGACCUGAACGGUUGCGGGUCAACUUACGGCUUGUUAUCAAUAGGCUCAAGCUAUUGGAGAAAAAGAAAACUGAGUUAGCACAGAAAGCCAGGAAAGAAAUUGCAGAUUAUCUUGCAGCUGGAAAAGAUGAAAGGGCCCGAAUCCGUGUUGAGCACAUCAUUCGAGAGGAUUACUUGGUGGAAGCAAUGGAAAUUCUGGAACUGUACUGUGAUUUGUUGCUUGCACGCUUUGGCAUGAUCCAAUCAAUGAAGGAACUUGACACAGGCCUCAGUGAAUCUAUUUCCACUCUGAUUUGGGCUGCUCCACGUCUUCAGAAUGAAGUUGCUGAAUUGAGAGUUGUCUCCGAUCAGCUGUGUGCCAAGUACAGCAAGGAGUAUGGAAAACUUUGCAGAACAAACCAAAUAGGGACUGUGAAUGAGAGGCUAAUGCUCAAACUAAGUGUUGAGGCACCACCUAAAAUCCUUGUGGAGAGAUACUUAAUCGAGAUAGCAAAGAACUAUAAUGUUCCAUAUGAGCCUGAUGCUGUUGUCAUGGGUGAAGUCCCAGUAGGAGUGGAAGCAGAUUUGAUUGAUGUGGAUAAUGGUGAUAAAAAGGGUGGCCCUGGUGGGAGAGGUGGUGGAGGAUUUACAGCACCUACUGUAGACAGUAUGCCAAUGCCUAUGCCAAUGCCAACACCAUCUGUACCAUUUUCAUACCCACCAAGGAAAGGGCCAGUAGAUAACAAUCUACCAGUGGACACUUACCAGCCAUUCAACAACUUCCAGCCACCUAACAUGGGGGGUAACCCACCCCCAAUACCAACACAACCACCAACAUAUGAAUCUAUAGAUGAUGUUAGCAGUACUGACACUUGUUUGCCUUCUCCCAAGCUUCCUGGUCCUUCCGUCCCAAUACCGGCACCUCGACAGUUGCCAGGACCUGCUUCUACUCCAAGCAACUUUAUUUAUGAUAGCGUGAUAAUACCCGAAUUGCCUUCUGUGCCUGACACCCUACCAACAGCAUCUAUUGGUGGCACUUCCACAGCCUCAGAAGAUAUUGAUUUUGAUGAUCUGUCUCGUAGAUUUGAGGACUUGAAGAAGAAAACUUAGUUUACUGAUCAAGAAUGUUGUACUUUAAUUUUCAUGGAGCAAUUCUAAACUCACUGGUUUAUCUCUACAAGAAACUGUAAGGCUUUAUAAUGAACCAGAUGCUAUGUAUGCUGGUAUAUUAACACUCCUCCCUUAAAAUAUUAUUUGAAUUUCUCUUGAUAGUUGGUAUACUGUACUUUCAGACAAUAUUCUAAUCCUGUCCCUGGUUAUAUUUAUGGGGAAGGGAAUUCUGGCAAAACAUAGGGUUAAUGGUUGAACAUGGAUUCAAAUGCAAUUUUGGCUCAUGAAUAUUCUAAUUUGAAUCUAAUUUUCUUUCUCAAUGCUCCAAAUAAUCAGGGAUGACCGUUGGAGUUGAAAGAAUAAACAGUAUGUUACAUAGUGAGAUUGCAUGUGAUUUGAGACUAAUGUAAGGGAAAUAGCUGCCUUGACAAAAUUGUCAGUAACAUUUGGUAAAAGGGUAAAUUGUUUUCAAACAAUCAUUGGUCACGUAUCUUGUGUAUUCCAAAAACAGUAACAUACACCUUCCUAUUCACAGAUGGAAAAUUCCUAUAUUAUUUAAAAUCUAAUUUAAAACUCAUCUGUAAUAAAGCAUCUGUAACUUGUCAUGAUUCAUUCAUAUUAGAAUAAAAUUUUUGAACUUCUAGUGUAGCAAAUGGUAUGCUUGGUAUACUUAUUAGUGAUUACCAAGAAUGCUUGAAAGAUGUCUACAUGUCAACUUUAAGAGCAUACCAAUUGAAGCUGUUAAUACAGUUUUCUUUCAAUAGAAAGCAUAAAAAAAAUGAACUUUUAUGUUGCAGUUUUAAAAUUAUGAUCUAGGUAGUUGGGGGAUGGUGAUGAUGAAAAUCUUAAACAAUAGCUUACUCACAAGUCACUUCAAUGCUGUGGGAAUUCCAUCUUAUUUUUAACAAUGACAUAUGCAUUGCUUAUAUAUGGCAUAAAUACCAACAGAAAAUGGAACAAUCAAAUCAGUGAGUUUUUGUGUGCUUGUUGGAUUCCAUAUACUUAAUAUGUAAAAUUCUUUUCUCGAGAAGAUUGUUAGCAUAAAGUAGUCGUCUAACAGUUUUGUUGUAGAAGACGACAUCUUGCUUCACUGUACAGCCAAAAGGAUGGAUGGAUUCUAUGGUGCAGUACCUUUGCUGUUGCCUUCCAGUACCAAUGAACUUAAAAUUUUUACUUGCUGAUCAGUCCUUUGCUCCAAUCAGAAG